AUGCAGUCUCUGGGCUUCCCGAAGAAUUGGAUCUGGAGGCCCAUUAUGGCGCUUCUCGGUUUCGCCAUUACCUUCUACAUUGGCGCUGGUCUGCUGCUGAAAUUCUGGAACGCAGAAAUCGCAAUGGCGCGUGCCAGGCCAUCGACUGUGGACGCUUCUGCUGGCAAGGAGAAGAUGAGCGAGCGACCUGCCGAAAACGUUAGGACCAUCGACAUUCGCUUGAAUGGGUAUGCGAUGGACGUGGAAAAGCGGUCGUUGCGGAAACGAUGGACGAAGCCUAUCCUCAAGCCGCUCACUGCGGACUUCCAACCUGGAUCCUUGAAUGUAAUCAUGGGGCCUUCGGGUUCUGGAAAAACAUCACUGCUCAACAGCAUGGCAAUGCGGCUCAAAGACGACACAUGGACGCGGUACAAGCUAUUUGGUUCUAUGACCUACAACGGGUUGAUACCCGCGCGAGAAGUCGUACAUUCAAUUUCUUGUUAUGUUACUCAAGAUGAUGACGCCCUUCUCGCAUCCCUAACAGUACGCGAAACGCUCCGCUACGCAGCCGGCCUACGUCUACCAAAAUGGAUGACGAAGGAACAGAAGACCCAGAAAGCUGAGGAGGUUCUCCUGAAGAUGGGUCUCAAAGACUGUGCAGACAAUCUCAUCGGAAACGAUAUCAUCAAGGGCAUCAGCGGUGGCGAGAAACGUCGCGUCACCAUCGCCGUCCAGAUCCUCACCGAACCACGCGUACUCCUCCUCGACGAGCCGCUGUCAGGACUCGAUGCCUUCACAGCGCUGUCUAUAAUGGAUGUGCUGCGCGGUUUAGCACAAGAAGGCCGCACGCUCAUCAUCACAAUCCACCAGCCACGAAGCGACCUCUUCAGUCACUUUGGCAACAUUCUACUUCUCGCUCGCGGCGGCCACCCCGUCUACGCCGGCCCAGCCAAGGACAUGCUACCCCAUUUCGCCAGUCUGGGCCACGAAUGUCCACGACACGUUAACCCCGCUGACUUCGCCCUCGACCUCAUCACCGUUGAUCUCCAGCAUGCAGCCCGCGAGAGGAUCAGUAGACAAAAAGUCCGCAGUCUAAUUGAGUCAUGGAAUGCGGAUCGGUUCCCCAUCGCGCGCACUGGCUCAAUUACUACGCCUGCAGAGCUAGGAAGUAUGGCACGCGAACCAUCGUCCUUUGCUACAGCUUAUUCCAUCCUAAUCCGGCGUGCGAUCAAGAACAUGUUCCGCCAGCCCGAGAUCCUCAUUGCGCGUAUUAUGCAAGUAGUAGGCUUAGGACUCGUUCUCGCACUCUACUUUUCACCGCUCAAGACGGAUUAUUUCUCCAUCCAGAACAGGAUGGGUUUCUUGGUAGAAAUCGCGCCUUUGUACUUUGUUGGCAUGCUUAACAAUGUCUCUAUCUACCCCAUCGACCGCGACGUCUUCUACCGCGACUAUGAUGACGGUAUCUACGGCGUCGACGCUUUCUUCCUCACCUACAUCUCCCUCACCACGCCCUUUGAAAUAAUAAGCUGCCUCAUCUUCUCCGUACUCGCUGUCUUCGCCGUCGGCCUAGAACGCAAUGUACAAACGUAUUUCAUCAUCAGCUUCAACGCCUUCUGCAUCACCAGCUGCGGUGAAAGUCUCGGUAUUGCAUUCAACACCUUCUUCACGCAUACCGGAUUUUCCGUAAACUGCAUGGCCGUCUUCCUCAGCGUCGCGCAGAUCAUGGGCGGUGUCUUGUCGCUCGAUGUACCCCCGUUCUUGCAGGCGUGGAACCAUCUCUCGCCUGUGAGGUGGGCGAUUGGCAAUAUGGCGCCGUUUACGCUGCGUGGUUUGAAAUUCACAUGCGAGGACUGGCAGAGGAUCAAUGGACAGUGUCCCAUACAGACCGGGGAGCAAGUGCUUGAUCUGUACAACUUGGACAAGAACCCGGAGAUGAAUCUCAUGGCGCUUGGUAUAUGCGCAGUCGUGUAUAGGUUUUUGGCGUAUGUUGUUUUGAAGAUGGUUAAGGAGCGGUGGGUUGGGAAGGCGUGGAAGAAAUGUGGAGGGUGGCGGAAGAAGAAGAAUCCAAUUGAGAUGUAA